UUUUUGUCAUCUUAAAAAAUGUAUCUAACUGAAGGGCUGAUCAAUAAUCAAUAUUAAAUAAUUGUUAUCAUGAGAUGACCAUAUGAAAAAAAAAUAUCAUGGCAACAAAAAGUAUAGCCACUGCUACAGUGAGGGCCGUCAAACGAAAAUUAUUGCCUUCAAGAGCAGCAUUGGUACUCCUUCUGCUGUAAAUAGAAUACGAAACAUUUUGAAGGACAGAAAUGAAUUUAUAGGUCUGAAAAUUGGAGUCCGCCAGAGAGGAUGCAAUGGUUUGUCUUACACCUUAGAUUAUGCUGAACAGAAGGAUAAAAUGGAUGAAGAAGUGGUUCAAGAUGGAAUAAGAGUGUUCAUUGACAAAAAAGCACAGCUAACGCUAUUAGGUACGGAAAUGGAUUAUGUAGAGAACAAACUCAGUUCAGAAUUUGUAUUCAAUAAUCCUAAUAUAAAGGGAACUUGUGGGUGUGGAGAAUCUUUCAGUGUAUGAUGAAAUAGAUAGUAAUAAAAAUAGCUUUAUUAUUUUGUUUUAAACCUUAUGUACAAAUAGAAAAAUAUAAUAUACCUAUGUUUGUGUUGAUAAGUACAAGUUAUAAAUUCUGGUCCCAGCCAAAAUGUUUCGUCAAAUUUGAAAGAGCUACCUCUUCAGUUCAUAAAAGCUUUGGCUGCAUUUUUAAAGCGGUCAUAUCUAAAAUUUUUGGAUUGUCCACUUGAGCCUGCUGGAUCCUUUGAACAGGUUUCUGGACAAACCUAUUUGUGGUGCCUUUGGUUUCUAAAACAUUAUCAAAAAUUCAAUUGGAUUUGAAAAUAAUUAGACUUGUUAGAAUAGAGCAGAUGCAAGUACUUAUGUGAAGUUGGCACCGACUUUUUAAAAAAACUGAAUUUUUAUCGGAGUUCUGGGUAGAUACGAUAGAGUUCUGAAGUUCCUGACAAAAAAUUUCAAUAGUUCUGGUUAAUUGUAGAAAAUAACCGAAAAACAAAAUUGUGGGUGCUAACUUCACGCGGCGCCGUUUUUUUCACAGAAAAGAGUUCUGAUGAGAAAUUACGACGUAUUUGAAAGAGUUCUGGAGUUCCUGAUAUAUUUCAACGAUAGUUCCGGCGAAAUAACAAAGUUAUUCCUAUUUUUAAUAGGGACAUUCAUACGCUCAUGUAUAGCAUCCACCACUUUCUAAAGUUUGGAUCGGAGUUCUGGGUAGCACCAGUCGAGUUCUACAUACUAUCU